AUGUCGGAGAUGGAUGCAGCAUGGACGGCCGUGUUUCCAUCUGCCGUUACAGUGCUGUCGUUAUCAGCAUCAACAUCGUACAUGGCUAUUCAGCAGCUUAUUUUCGAAACAUUCCCACUGGAAGACUCCAGUGUAGCGGAUCCUGCAGACUCCAGUGUAGCGGAUCCUGCAGACUCCAGUGUAGCGGAUCCUGCAGACUCCAGUGAAGCGGAUCCUGCAGACUCCAGUGUAGCGGAUCCUGUAGACUCCAGUGUAGCGGAUCCUGCAGACUCCAGUGUAGCGGAUCCUGCAGACUCCAGUGUAGCGGAUCCUGCAGACUCCAGUGUAGCAGAUCCUUCAGACUCCAGUGUAGCGGAUCCUGCAGACUACAGUGUGGUGGAUCCUGCAGACUCCAAUGUAGCGUAUCCUGUAGACUCCAGUGUAGCGGAUCCUGCAGACUCCAGUGUAGGGGAUCCUGCAGACUACAGUGUAGCGGAUCCUGCAGACUCCAGUGUAGCGGAUCCUGCAGACUCCAGUGAAGCGGAUCCUGCAGACUCCAGUGUAGCGGAUCCUGUAGACUCCAGUGUAGCGGAUCCUGUAGACUCCAGUGUAGCGGAUCCUGCAGACUCCAGUGUAGCGGAUCCUGCAGACUCCAGUGUAGCGGAUCCUGCAGACUCCAGUGUAGCAGAUCCUGCAGACUCCAGUGUAGCAGAUCCUGCAGACUACAGUGUGGUGGAUCCUGCAUACUCCAAUGUAGCGUAUCCUGUAGACUCCAGUGUAGCGGAUCCUGCAGACUCCAGUGUAGCGGAUCCUGCAGACUACAGUGUAGCGGAUCCUGCAGACUUCAGUGUAGCGGAUCCAGCAGUGCUUCCCAGCGGGCCUCACGUGACGUACCGCGUCUCUCUACGAUCCAACGUGACGUACCAUGCGUCUCUAUGA